AUGGCGAGUCUACUGGAAAUUUUCCAUAUUAAAUCCACAGCGUUUAACAUCUUAAAUGUAGAUGUGUGUGCUGAUUGCAAGGCCAGGGCACCGCGAUGGGCAUCACAUAACCUCGGGAUAUUCAUUUGUGUCAAUUGUGCUGCUAUACAUCGCAAGAUUGGAACCCAUGUCACGAAAGUGAAAAGCUUAACCUUAGACUCGUGGACAAAGGAGCAACUUGAAAGGAUGAAGGAAAUGGGCAACCUGAAUUCCAAUGCCAUUUACAAUCCCAAUGAGCUUCGCCACCCUCCCCCACUGAUGUUAAUAGAGGAUGAAAGAGACAGCGAACUGGAAAAGUACAUUCGAGCCAAGUACGAAUACAAAAAAUUCUUCGACAGACACGCUUUAGUAGCUUCUAAACUGGGUCCUUCUCGAUCGACUUCCACCAUUUUACCUCGGAAGCCUAACCCGACGUCUACAACGCCAGCGGGUAUAUCCGCUCGGCCGUCUACUGCAUCCCUCCCAUCUUCGUCCGCGCCUAUGGCCCAGGCUCGUUCGGUCUCACAGCCUGUACCAUCGUCUUUAUCAUCUGCACCAUUACAACCUGCAUCCCGGCAGCAGCAACAACAACAGCCACAGCAGUCUCAACAAUCAGGACCCAUGUCUGCUUCAGCAAAUGGGACAGGCGUAUGGAAUGACCUCGUUUCAUUACAGGCACCCUCAGCGAAUUCAUCACUUCCAUUACAAUAUCAACCUCCGAAUACUGCUAACUUAGGACCCACCAACCCUUUCGGCGCCAUGACUGGUAUUAUGAACAGUUCGAUGCCUACCGGGAUGUCGGGUAUUUCUGGUAUGAAUGGGAAUGGUAUGGGUAUGAAUGGAAUGGGAUACAACCUGGCCAACAGUAAUACGGGAGUGGGAAUGGGUCCUAAUGGCUUGAGCAUUAAUCCAGGACCUCCCAUGGGAUUAGGCGUAAAUUCACCAUUUUCUGCUGGUGUGCCAUCAUCGACAAACCCAUUCCAGCAGACACAGCUCUCGGUGACAAACCCCUUCGCGCAGCAACAGCAACCAAUGUCCGCCAAUUACCCACUCUCGGCUCCGUUGCCUUUCAGUGCUGUCCCGACGGGUCUCUCGACAUCCUUCAUGACACAACAAUCGCAACAGUCUCCGUUGUACCAGUCACAACCGUCGCCGAUGAUCCCCCAUGUGCAGAUGCAAAUGCAGUCGUUGCAGUCCCCUACUCCAAUGUUCUCGCCAUCGCCGCAGAAUCCAAAUCCGAUCCAGCAGCAGCAGCAAAAUCAGUUUCAGUUUUCUGGUUCAAUGCAACAGGGAGGACAUAGUCCUCAACCACAAAUGUCGACAACGCCCCAGCCGCCGAUGUCGUCUACGCCACAGCUGCAAGGGCAGCAGUUCAUGUCUCCUUCUCCGCAACUGCAAAUGGGCGUAGGUGCAGGUCCGGGUAUGGGAACGGGCAUGGGUGUGGGUUAUGGAAUGGGUAUGAAUGGCCAAUCGAUGCAGCAGACUCAAAUGUUCACUGCAGGCGGUCCAUGGGCCCAGCAGCAGUCAACAAUGUUCGCUACGCCUGGACAAGCUCAGCGGUGGGGUGGGAUUUGA